AUGAAGCUCUAGCAUAAUUAAACCUGUAUCUUCCUCCUUAUAUUCAUUUUACAAAAGUAAAUCAUCGGUCAAGUUAUAGUGGAUAUGAAGUAUGGAUUUUGUGAUUGUGAGGAGUUGGAAACUGAUUAUGAAUGCUUAAUCAAUUCGAAAUGCAAAUUUGAAAAUGGGAAAUGCAAACCUCUUCCUUGUGAGAGUUUAAGUGAUCCUGAUCGUAGUGGGAUUUGUAUUUUUGCAAAAAAUUAAGGAUGCGUAUUUGACUACUAAGAAGAAACCUGCACUGACUUUAAAGGUUGUUCAUUUUACAAUUUCAAAUCGCACCAUGAGUGCAGUUUUUAUCUUCCUUCUAAUUGUUAUUAUGAUUCAGAACUCCAAAGGUGUGAAGAUUAAUCUUAGCUUCCCAACUGCUCUGAGCUACUAUUAUCGUAGUGCUUUCAUGGAAAAGAAGGACUUUGUGUUGUUAAAGAUGGGAAAUGCUAAGAAUUUACUAAAUGUGAAGAUGUAGCUGGGAAUGAUAUAAGAUGUAUAGAAGCAGGGCUAGCAUGCCAGACUUCCGAAAAUUAUCCAUGUGAAAACAUGAUUGGGGGUUGUUAAUAUGCCACGCAAACAACUUGCUUUGAAGCUAGCGUAAGAAUAAACAGCUAUGAAUCCUACCUUUGUAAAGAGAAAACUCCUUUACAAUUGGACUGCAUAGAUUGGGAUCCAGCUAACGAAACUUUAGAAACUUGCCUUAUUGAAUCAUUUGGUACACAUCAUUGGAAGAACAAUAAAUGCGAGAAAUGUUAACCAGGUAAACCAAACACUAGCAUACAACUAGAAAUAGCGAUUAUACUUUUGUCGCUAACAUUUUGA